AUGGAAUUAGAUGCUGCACAAUUAUUCGAAAAUUUUGAAGAAAAACUCAACAAAUGGCGUGCUGAUUGCCACAAGACAAUAGAUCUUUUUUUUAAACGAAAAUGUCAAGAAUUCUAUCAAAUUAUUGCCGAAAAAGUGAACAAACAGAAAAAAGAAAUGAUUCGACUACAAUUAAAUGUAAAUGAACUCAUUCGUCAACAAAAAGCUUCUCUUGAAAAAAUUGACUCAUUGAAAUUAGAUGUUGACCAUCUUGGACAAGAAAUAAUAUUAAUCGAAUAUAAUAAAUGUUUUCAAAUUAAUACUCAUCCAUUAGUGAUUGAUAACAAUUCUCUUAACAUUAUAGAAUCAAAAUUACCUCUAUUUAAUUUAACAACUCUUUCAUCUCCGUACGCUGGUAUUUAUCAUACUUAUGGAAGCUGGAAACCUCUAGCCAGUAAUAAUAAAUUUUUAUUAAAACAUCAAAUGCCAAAUUUAUGUUUACUCGAUCGAGAAUUACGAUUAGUUAAACAGAAUGUAUGGACUCAUGGCUUAAUUUGGGAUAUGUGUUGGUCAUCGACAUUAGCCUGUUUUAUAAUACUUACUCUUAACAACGUUUUUCUUCUCGAUGAAAACAAAAUGUCAAUUCAGCAAGUACAAGCUAUCAAAGGACAACGUUGGUACUCUUGUACAUGUUCUGACACAUCGCUAUUUCUAUCCACAGCAAAAGCAGGUUCUUCCAUCAGCGAGUUCAAAAUUUCAUCAUCGAUUGAACUUACCAAACAAUGGCAAUCUCCUGAUACAUGUACAAAAGACGAAUGGAUCUAUGACAUAGUCUAUUCGAAUGGAACACUAGCUUUGAUGAUAGGUGAACAAAAAAAUAAAACAAAACGCAUGGAACUAAGAUCAUCAAUGACAUUAGAUCGAAUCUGGUUACUUCGACUCGAUAUUGUCGAUCUACAGAACAGAGCAAUUCGUUGUUGUCUACUCAAUGAUGAAGAGUGGCUCGUCAUCGAUCGGAGUAGUUCGCGUCUUUUUCACAUUACAAAAGAUGGAAAAGUCAAAACAACGAUUGUAUACGAAUCAGAACCUUGGCGUGCUUGUUUAUUCGGAUCGAAUAUAUUAGCCGUGUCGAAUGAAAACGGUAUCAAUUUUCACAAACUAUAG